AUGGUGCGUCCAUUUGUCACUCCCAAGAAUUUUAACUGCAGCUUGGCUGAUGAGCGAGACGGUGUGCGGGCCGUCCCACCGUGGUGUGAGGGGGUCACGCUUCCACUUCUUGACGAGGACCUGAUCACCAAUCUGGAACGGGUGCACGGGCUGAUCCAAGGGAAGGGCCUGAAAAGGCACCGCGGUCCCGUGAGCAUGUACCACCAUAUAGGCAUAGCGGCUAUCAGUAUACAGGCUGGCAGCUUGCGCCGCCAGGAGGGCCGCUGGAUCCCCAAGCCCCCCUAUGGGGAAGAUCCCUCCCCUGAACGUCCCAGUGUUAAGAGCAACCCUCAUGUCGCCCCAGAGUUCUCUUCAGAGAGGACGCAGCCGCCCCGGCCGAUUGUGACGAUCCAAGGCCCGAGCAAACCAACAGCUCGAGGUGGCCACUCCUCGGAAUCGCCCUCGGCCGUCGGCGCAGCACUGGGCCCCAACGCGACCACCCCGCCCCCCGGCAACACGACCACCCCGCCCCCCGGCAACGCGACCACCUCGCCCCCCGGCAACAUGACCACGCCGCCCCCCGGCAACGCGACCACCCCGGCCCCCGGCAACACGACAACCUCACCCCCCGGCAAUGCAACCACCCCACCCGUCGGCAACACGACCACCCCGCCACCAACAAACAUGACCACCCUGCACCCUGGCAACACGACCACCCCGCUCCCCGGCAACAACACCACCCCGCCCCCAACCAACACGUCCACCCCCCCCACAACCAACACGACCACCCCGCCCCCCGGCAACACGACCACCCCGCCCCCCGGUAACACGACCACCUCGCCCCCCGGCAACAUGACCACGCCGCCCCCCGGCAACGCGACCACCCCGGCCCCCGGCAACACGACCACCUCACCCCCCGGCAACGCAACCACCCCACCCGUCGGCAACACGACCACCCCGCCACCAACGAACAUGACCACCCUGCCCCCUGGCAACACAACCACCCCGCUCCCCGGCAACAACACCACCCCGCCCCCAACCAACACGUCCACCCCACCCCCAACCAACACGACCACCCCGUCCCCCGGCAACAUGACCACCCCACCCUCCAGCAACACAAGCACCCCGUCCCCCACCAACACGACCACAGCGCCCCCCACCAACACGACCACAGCGCCCCCCGGCAACACAACCACCCUGCCCCCCAGCACCGCCAUUACAACCCCGGCCCCGAUCCGUUUCUCUCUCUCGUUCCGCAUUGUGAACUGGAACUUCAACGACUCCCUUCUCGACCCCAGCACCAAUUACUACAAGGAUUUAUAUUCCAUAAUCCAGAGCCUGUACAACAAGACCUACAGCUGCCCAACGUGUCCGAAUGGGCAGAACUACCUGGGAUUCACUGAUCUGCGUUUCAGCCCGGGCUCGGUGGUGACUGAGUCCGUCCUGCGGUACCGAGUGAGCAACACCAGCAUCAACGCCACCGACCUUGAGCAGCAGCUGAGGAACAGUCAGAACAGCACAGACGGGCUCGAGCUGGACAGUAUCCGCGGCGCAGCACUGGGCCCCAACGCGACCACCCCGCCCCCCGGCAACGCGACCACCCUGCCCCCCGGCAACACGACCACCCCGCCCCCCGGAAACGCGACCAUCCUGCCCCCCGGCAAUGCGACCACCCUGCCCCCCGGCAACGCGACCACCCCGCCCCCCGGCAACACGACCACCCUGCCCCCCGGCAACACGACCACCCCGCCCCCCGGCAACGAAACCACCCCACCUGCCGGCAACACGACCACCCCGCCACCAACGAACACGACCACCCCGCCGCCCGGCAACGCGACCACCUCGCCCCCUGGCAACAUGACCACGCCGCCCCCCGGCAACGCGACCACCCCGUCCCCCGGCAACACGACCACCCCACCUCCCGGCAACAACACCACCCCGCCCCCAACCAACACGUCCACCCCGCCCCCAACCAACACGACCACAGCGCCCCCCACCAACACGACCACAGCGCCCCCCACCAACACGACCACCCUGCCCCCCAGCACCGCCAUUACAACCGCGGCCCCGAUCCGUUUCUCUCUCUCGUUCCGCAUUGUGAACUGGAACUUCAGCGACUCCCUUCUCGACCCCAGCACCAAUUACUACAAGGAUUUAUAUUCCAAAAUCCAGAGCCUGUACGACAAGACCUACAGCUGCCCAACGUGUCCGAAUGGGCAGAACUACCUGGGAUUCACUGAUCUGCGUUUCAGCCCGGGCUCGGUGGUGACUGAGUCCGUCCUGCUGUACCAAGAGAGCGACACCAGCAUCAACGCCACCGACCUUGAGCAGCAGCUGAGGAACAGUCAGAACAGCACAGACGGGCUCGAGCUGGACAGUAUCCGCGGCGCAGCACUGGGCCCCAACGCGACCACCCCGCCCCCCGGCAACGCGACCACCCCGCCCCCCGGCAACACGACCACCCUGGCCCCCGGCAACACGACCACCCCGCCCCCCGGCAACGCAACCACCCCACCUGCCGGCAACACGACCACCCCGCCCCCCGGCAAUGCAACCACCCCACCUGCCGGCAACACGACCACCCCGCCACCAACGAACAUGACCACCCUGCCCCCCGGCAACCCGACCACCCCGCCCCCCGGCAACACAACCACGCCGCCCCCCGGCAACACGACCACCCCGCCCCCCAGCAAUGCAACCAUCCCACCUGCUGGCAACACGACCACCCCACCACUAAUGAACAUGACCACCCUGACCCCCGGCAACGUGACCACCCCGCCCCCCGGCAACACGACCACCUCGCCCCCCGGCAACAACACCACCCCGCGCCCAACUAACAUGUCCACCCCGUCCCCCGGCAACACGACCACCCCGGCCCACACGAACACGACCACCGCACCCCUCAGCACCUCCAUUCCGACCCCGGCCCCGAUCCAUUUCUUUCUCUCGUUCCGCAUUGUGAACUGGAACUUCAACGACUCCCUGCUCAACCCCAGCACCAGUUACUACAAGGAUUUAUAUUCCAAAAUCCAGAGCCUGUACCUCAAUAUCUACGGCUGCCCAGAGUGUCCGAAUGGGCAGAACUACCUGGGAUUCACUGAUCUGCGUUUCAGCCCAGGCUCGGUGGUGACUGAGUCCGUCCUGCAGUACCGAGUGAGCGACACCAGCAUCAGCGCCACCGGCAUUGUGCAGCAGCUGACACAAAGGCUGGACAGUCAGAACAGCUUUGAUGGGCUCGAGCUGGACAGUAUCCGCGCCAACUCUGGCAGCUCUCCCCUGGCCACCUCGGCUCCAGCACCCCUGGUGCCUGGCUGGGGCAUUGCCCUGCUGGUCCUGGUCUGCAUCCUGCUGUUGCUGAGCAUACUCAUCUUCAUCCUGCUGAUCGUCUGCUCGUACUGCAGGAGGAGCCGGGGGAAGCUGGAUCUGUUCAGCUCACAGGCCUCGUACCAGCCCAUGAACGAGUACCCCACCUACCACACCCACGGGCGCUUCAGCGGCCCCGGCAAGAAGCAGAAUCCCUACAGUGAUAUCACCACCGGCAACGGCACCAACGCCUUCUACACCAACCCUGCCACGUCAGACAAUCUCUAG